AUGGCAGAGACCAAAAAUAUAAGAAGGCUGGUACUGCCAGUCCACGGUAUGGAGAGUACGUCGAACUCGAAGCUUCGAGUUAAGCAUUCUAGCAACUAUAAAUCACUUCCCUCGCGGGUCUUUAUGGGAAAAUGCAAUUCUGCUGCAGCUAGCCUCUUGACUGUUGUCAUGGUCACUGCAUACUCGUUGGCUUCCGUUCCUGAGAAGAGACAGACGAGCUGUGCUCCUAUCCACCUAUUUGUUGCACGCGUGAGGACUGGUGAGUAUCCUGGAGACGGCUCUAUAGGAUCUCUAGCGCAACUAGUCAUCAAUGAAAGUUCAGGAACCACUCAAGAGGCAAUUAACUACCCAGGGGGAUCAUUUCCUAUAUAUAUAGACGAUGUGUGGACGGGUAUCACAGCAGACACGAAUGAAUUCACAGAAUAUGCUUCAUGCUCUAAUACAACUCUCAUGCUUAUAGGCUACUCGCAGGGCGCACAGAUUAUCCUAGACGCUCUUUGCAGCUCUGGAAAUGCGGCAAAUGGCAGCACUGGCAGCCCAACUAUUACUACUUCGCAAGGGAAGAAUAUUGCAGCUGUCGUCGGACAUGGUGAUCCUGGCCAUGUCGCAGGCGAGUCAUGGGAUGAGGGAACAGCGACCACGAAUGGGCUGAGUAUAUAUGCUCGACCAGCAGGAGCCUGCAAUGCCUGCGCUAGUGUCAUCCAUUCAUACUGUAACACCGGGGACCCUUUCUGCGCCAGUGGCAAUAACAUUAUGAUCCACAUGGAGUACCCUCACACCUACAACACACAGGCUUCCCAGUGGAUCAACCAACAACUAGCUCUCAUGCGGCGUAAACCUUAA